AUGAAGUCCGACGUCUGCUCCUUCGGCGUCGUGCUCUUCGAGGCGCUCAUGGCGCGGCGCCCGGAGAUGCUGACUGGGGACCAGGCCGUCGGCCUCGCCGAGCACGCGCUGGCAUGCCACCGGAGCGGCACCCUGCCGGACGCCGUCGACGCGGCGAUCAAGGACCAGGUCGCGCCGGAAUGCCUUGAGAAGUUCGCUGAGACCGCCGUGGAGUGUCUCGCGCACCAAGGCACGGAGCGGCCGGCCAUGGGCGACGUGCUAUGGAACCUAGAGUUGUCGAUGCAGCUGCAGCUGAUUAAUCCCAAUAAGACGUAG